AUGGUACUGCAUCUACUAAAUCAACUAAAAAUCACAAACAAUCAUGUAUACUCGAAUAUCACACCAAAUGAUCUAGAGAAGCGUAGUCACCGGUUGAAGCCAGCUAGUGAUUAUUCACUCAAAAGAAUGAUUCAGAAAACUCGCGAGGUGGUACAGGAUUCGCCGAAGAAGAAAAUACGACGAAGAGUGAAUGUAAAUAAGAAUGAAGAUCACUAUUUUGUGACUAUCAAAUACAAAUCGAAAAAGAGAGAGCUACCGUACAAGGGGGUACUUGGGUACCCUGACUGUAUAAUAAAUGACACAGACCCUACAAAGGAGGAAAGAGCAAAGUUUGAAAGGUUCCGAAUCGAGGGUAUAAAGUUACGCAAUAGAGCAAACUCUGAGAACUCACAAAUUAAUAGUGGUGAAAUACCUCUCCACACGUCGAGUGAGGUGAUAAAAGAGUCGACUCCGUCAUCCGUCGCCUUGAAUAAAUCAAAAAUCAAAAAAAUAAUGUUUAGAGAUCACGAAAUAGAAACCUGGUAUAUUGCUCCAUAUCCUGAGGAAUACUCACAGUGCGAAACCUUGUACAUUUGUGAAUACUGCCUAAAGUACAUGAAUUCCCCGACUUCGUACAGGCGGCAUCAUUUAAAAAACUGUAACUUCUCAAACCAUCAUCCUCCCGGCACCGAAAUUUACCGAGAUUCAAAUGUGUCUGUAUGGGAAGUUGACGGACGGAAGAAUAUAAAUUAUUGUCAAAACAUUUGUCUUUUAGCAAAAUUAUUCUUAAACUCAAAAACGUUGUACUAUGAUGUGGAACCUUUUGUCUUCUACGUUUUAACAGAGAGGGACCCAAAUACGCCUUCAAAACAUCACUUUGUGGGCUACUUUUCAAAGGAAAAGUUGAAUAACCUGGACUACAAUGUUUCAUGUAUACUAACACUACCAAUAUACCAAAGAAAGGGAUAUGGAAAUUUACUUAUUGACUUCAGUUAUUUGCUAACACGGAAUGAGUUCAAGUUUGGGACCCCGGAAAAGCCAUUGAGUGAUUUAGGAUUGUUAAGUUAUCGAAAUUAUUGGAAAGUGACCAUUGCUUACAAGCUACGAGAACUCUAUCAGAAAUAUCGUGAUCUGGGUGGUCUCAACGUAUCGCUUAGCGUGUUGUGUAAAAUGACUGGAAUGACCCCGGCCAAUGUAGUUGUUGCAUUAGAACAACUACACGCUCUUCAUUGGAAACAAAAUGGAGAAGAAACAAAAUUUGCGAUUAUGGUAAACUGGGCCUUCGUAGAUGAGGUCAUCGCCAAAUGGGAAGCAAAAUCGUAUGCGAAGCUUGACUAUACUAAACUAUUGUGGAAGCCAAUGCUUUUUGGUCCAAGUGGUGGUAUCAAUUCUGCGCCAGCACUCUCGCAAGGCACAAAACAAAAUACUCCUCACAAUAGUAUCGCACAGGUGGCCGCGUUUUUAAAAGACGAUAUCUAUAAUCCAUAUUCUUUUGAGGAAGAGGCGUGGAAGGAAGUUGCGAUGUGUGCCGAAACCUCCAGAAAGAGAAGAGAUUUUGAAAUUGAAGAUUUUCUUGAAUGCAAGCCAUCUAACACUCAAGUCAAAAUGAAACCUAAAAGACGAUCUAGAGAGGACGUUGAAGUGGAUUUAGAGGCAGUUGCUGACAUUUUUGAAGCGGAAGAAACAUUAAAAUCUGAUGUUGAGGAAGAGUCUAGUUUUGAAGACAAUGAUUUCGAAGUGGAGGAGGAUGAAGAGGAAGAGGGAAGUGAUGAGAGUCUAGACGCUGAUGAAUCGUUACCGGUAAAUUUGUUGGAGUCUGAUUCUGACUCUGAUUCGUAUGUUGAAGAUAAAGAUAGAUAUGCGAGUCGAAUUUGUUCAAAAACAAGAUCUUCUUCUGUCAAGAGAAGGACUAUUAACGUAUUGGAGGGAGACAAUAGGCCUCGUGGUAGGGGGCGUCCCAAGGGGACUUUCAAAUUACCUAGGGUAAAGCAAUCUAUACCGAAGCCUUCUUCUAAAAGCAGUAGAUAUAGAAAAUGA